AUGAAUCUCCGUCUUCUAGCUCUUGCACUUGCGGGUGUAGCAACUGCAGGCCCAGUUGCUUUCCAACAACGCCAAUUAUCUGGUGGAAACGAACUCCGUGAUGGCUCUUGCAAACCAAUAACCUUUAUUUUUGCCCGUGCUAGCACUGAGCCAGGGCUGAUGGGUAUCUCAACUGGCCCCGCUGUUUGUAAUGAUCUCAAAAUGGCCAAACCGGGUCAAGUUGCCUGUCAGGGUGUUGGUCCAGCCUAUACAGCUGAUCUUCCAUCUAAUGCCCUUCCUGGGAAUACCUCUCCCGCGGCUAUUGAUGAAGCUGAGGGUCUUUUUAAAGAAGCGGUCCAGAAGUGCCCCAAUACAACAAUUCUUGCCGGUGGAUAUAGUCAAGGUACCGCCGUUAUGGACGACUCCAUUUCUAAGCUUCCAGAGAAUAUCAAGGACAAAAUCAAGGGUGUUGUGCUCUUUGGGUACACCCGCAACGCGCAGGAGCAUGGUCAGAUUGCCAAUUUUCCAAAGGAAAGAACAAAGAUAUAUUGCGCUGUUGGGGAUAUGGUCUGCGAUGGCACGCUGAUCAUCACCGCCGCGCAUUUCUCUUAUGUUGCCAACACUGGGGAUGCUAGCAAGUUCUUGCUAUCAAGCCUGUGA